ACCCACCACCAGAAGAGAAGAAAUCCGGUCCGGGUUUUACUGCUGUCUCAGCUUUAAGCUGAAUGUACUUUUCCUUGAAUACAACUUUUCCUUGUGAACCUUUACAGCCGUGUAGGAAAUAAAAACAAAUAAACAGUCUUUUGCAAUGAUUGCUGCUAGUUUCAGAGACUGUGCGGCUUGGAGGUCAGAAGGCCUCCCACUGUCCACCAGCAGCAAUGAAGCCUGUAAAUUAUAUGACUCCAUACUUACACAGUAUGUAACAUGGCGUAAUGAUGAGACCCUUGGAGGAAUAGAAGGAUGUAUGGCAGCAGUCCAAGCAGCUGACCCGGACUUUGUGAUGGGUCAUGUGAUCAGUACUGGACUUCAGUUGGUGGGGACAGGCAGUUCAGUGCUGCGGGACCAAAUGCUGGCCAGUGCCGUGAGCAAAACGGUGGAUCUGGCUGGGUGCCAGGAGCUCACAGACCGAGAAAAACAGCAUGUCAAAGCCAUCGAGCUUUUCGCAAAAGGAGCCCUGGCUAAGGCCUGUGAUGUGUGGGAAGAUAUUCUGGUGGAGCACCCCACAGACAUGCUAGCUUUGAAGUUUUCCCAUGAUGGCUUUUUCUAUCUGGGUGAGCAGACUCAGAUGAGAGACUCUGUGGCCAGGGUUCUUCCCCACUGGAAACCACACAUGCCUCUCUACAGCUAUCUAAAAGGCCUGUAUUCAUUUGGACUUCUUGAAACUCAUUUCUAUGACCAAGCUGAGAAAGUAGCAAAGGAGGGUCUUGCUUUAACUCGUGAGGAUGGCUGGUGUGUCCACUCUGUAGCCCAUGUUCAUGAGAUGAAGGCAGAAAUAGAGAAGGGGCUGAAGUUUAUGGCAUCCACUGAGAAAGACUGGGUGGUGUGUGACAUGUUGGCAUGUCAUAACUACUGGCACUGGGCACUUUAUCACAUUGAGAAGGGAGACUAUGAAGCAGCAUUAAAAAUCUUUGAUGAGCAGGUAUCCCAUCGCUGUGUAAAGUCAGGAGCCAUGCUGGACACAGUGGAUGCCUGUUCGCUGCUCUACAGGCUGGAAAUGGAGGAAAUCAAAUCAAGUUCAAGUUUCUUUAUUUGUCAUUUCGCUCCAUUUUGGGACAUGCAGUGGAACGAGAUGUCAAAUCAUUGCGUGAGUGUUAAAGAGCGUUACCGGGAGCUGUUGCAGGUAACUGAUCCCCACUCUGAGGACCAUACUCUUCUCUUUAAUGACCUGCACUUCCUUAUGGUGUCUUUGGGCUGCAAAGAAACAGGAAUCACACAAAGACUACUGGAGAGCCUGCGAGAGUUGGCAAAAAACCCUGAAGAAAACCAUCAGCAUCAGCUUGCUAGCACUAUUGGGAUACCCAUGUGUCAGGCCUUGGUGGAAUAUGAUGAGGGAAACUACAGUAAGACCGUGGAGCUGCUUAAACCUUUAAGAUACUGCUUCACGAAGAUAGGGGGCAGUGAUGCACAGAGGGAUGUUUUCAACCAGCUACUCAUCCAUGCUGCAAUGAAGUCACAAGACAAACACCAUCAAAGAUUUGCCAGGUGCCUGCUGGUUGAAAGAGAUGCAGUGAGAAUGAACUCCCCUCUCACUGACCGACUCAUCCAAAGAGCCCACUCUCUACACAUUUAACUGCUCAGGACAUCUACUACCCACACAUUUCUUCACCUGUUACCACUUAAAUUGAAACUACUGCUAAAUCGCAUUAAUAUACUCGGUCAAACUGAGAUAUCUUUUGCAUUAUUAGACACAGAGCUGUUGAAAUUUUUCCAAUCGAAUUCAGGGGUGUUGACUACAUUUCUGUAACAGCAGCUCUGAAAAUAGUUUUGACUGCAAGGCAAACCACAGGUAUAUAUUAAUGCGCAUGUUCUAAUACAUUAGGGUUUCCAUGGUAACAGCUAGCACAGGGAAUUUUAUUGUGGAUGCAGCAUAUAAAUGAAAUAGAAAAAGCACACUUUCAUUGAUGUAGUGAAGUGUCCCGUGAUGAGAGAUUUAGCUUAUAUUUUCUCCAGUUUUCUAGUCUCUGGUGUCUUUGUAACAUGACAAGCUGCAUUUAUUUGUCUUAUUAAUUUUAAGUUAAAAAAUGACGCUAGUGUGACUCCCAUGAGAGGAACCUGUUCCUUGGACACUCCACAAUAUUAAAUGUAACUUUAUUAACAAACAUAAAGUAUGAUAAGUUAUUCCUUAAUUAAAACAAUUUGUUAAUCUUG